AUAGAAUUCAAAUAAAUUGAAAUAAAACUGAAAUAAAAAGUGAGUGAAAAAAUGCAGAUGAUUAAAGUGAUGUUUCUUUGGCUAUUCUACCUGUCGGUUUGUGACGGAUAUCGUUUUCUCGGGCUCUUUCCUUUUCAUGGCAAGAGUCACUUUGUUAUGUGCGAGCAAUUGAUGAAGGGUUUGGCCAGGAAGGGUCAUCAGAUCGACGUGAUCAGUUCUUUUCCAUUAAAACCGUAUCCGAAUUACAAUGAUAUUAUAAACAUUACACCGCCUCUAAAAUUAGUUAAUAAUAUGUCAUACGAAUUUAUGCAAAUUUUGUUAGCGGGCAUGAAUCCGGUACAUGCCGUUGCAACAUUAGCAGGCAAUGAUAUUUGUGGAAACUUGGAAAAUCCGGAGAUACAAAAACUGGUGCAUAAUCCACCGAGAGAUCCACCUUACGACGCGAUACUCAUAGAAGUCUUUGGUGCUCAGUGUUUCGCAAUUUUUGCGCAUUUAUGGAAUGUUCCUCUGAUCGGAAUCAGCACAACGUCACUGUAUCCGUGGCUACCACCAAUAAUCGCUCAACCAGAGAGUUUGGCUUUCGUGCCGAACAAUUGCCUAAGUUUCAAGCUUGGUCAUAUGAAUUUUUGGCAACGUUUAUACAACACGGUACACACGGUUUAUAGCAAAUUACAUUUUUAUUAUCUCACGAGACCGCAAAAUGAGAUAAUAUGGAAGAACUUUGGACCUGACAUGCCGAGUGUACGAGAAUUGGAGUCCAAGGUGGCGUUGAUCCUCAUCAAUUCCCACAUCACUCUAAAUGGAAUUCAACCAAGGACACCUGCUCUUGUAGAUGUGGCAGGAUUGCAUGUCCAGGACGAGAGCUUAACGUUGCAACCUGAUUUGGAGAAGUGGAUAAACAAUGGCAAAGACGGUUUCGUCUAUUUCACUUUCGGCUCGAUGGUAAUGAUCGAGACGUUUCCACGCAAGAUUUUAAAUAUACUUUACACUUCCUUAGGCAAAAUAGCACCCGUGCGCGUUUUAAUGAAGGUACCGAAACCGGAGAAAUUGCCACCCGGUUUACCCGAAAAUGUUUACACGUCACCUUGGAUGCCGCAGAUUGCAAUAAUGAAGCAUCCUAAGAUAAGAGCCUUCAUCACACAUGGCGGACUCAUGGGCACGCAGGAAGCGAUAACAUACGGCGUCCCAAUGAUCGGUAUACCACUCUUUGCCGAUCAAUUUAUGAAUAUUGAUGCAUACGUUGCCAGAAACAUUGCCGUGAGAUUGGACAUUAAUAAAAUGACGGAAAAAGAUAUGGACGCGGCCUUACAUGCAGUCUUAUGGGAUCCUAUAUACAAAGACGCUGCUCGAAAUCUGUCUGAAAAAUUCCUCGAUCGUCCGAUGAACGCACUUGAUACCGCCAUUUAUUGGAUCGAAUAUGUUAUUAAAUACGGUAGCAAUGUUUUGCGAUCGCCCGCAAUGGAUUUGACCUGGUGGCAAUUAUCUCUCGUCGACGUGUUUGUCUUUCUUCUACUUUGUAUAAUUAUUGUUAUCAUUGUUGUAAUAUACAUCGCGCGUUUCUUGUUAAAAUUGAUAAAUGGAAAUAAUCACAGUUCGUUGCAUUCAAAGAAAAAAAUUAAUUUGAAAAUGCAGAUGUUAAAAGUCAUAUUUCUUUGGUUGUUCUGCUUAUCGACAUGUCAUGGAUAUCGUUUGCUCGGGCUUUUCCCCUAUCACAGUAAAAGCCACUUUAUUAUGUUCGAACAAUUGAUGAAGGGUUUGGCUAGGAAGGGUCAUCAGGUCGACGUAAUCAGUCCCUUUCCAUUAAAAAAACCUUAUCCGAAUUACAACGAUAUUGUGAAGCUUGCACCGCCUAUGACAUUAAUAAACAAUGUGUCGUACGAAGUCAUGCAAGUUGUGUUGAGCACGAAUCCAGUACAUGCUAUUUCAAUAAUGGCAGGCAAUGAUGUUUGCAUGUAUUUAGAAAAUCCGGCGAUACAAGAGCUGACGCGUAAUCCACCGAAAGAUCCACCUUAUGAUGCGGUAUUUAUGGAACUCUUUGGUGCUCACUGUUUCGGAAUCUUCGCGCACUUGUGGAACAUCCCUCUGAUCGGAGUCAGUUCAGCGACGUUAUAUCCAUGGCUACCAUCAAUAAUCGCUCAACCAGAAAGUUUGGCUUUCGUCCCGAACAAUUGUGUAAGACUCGCUAGUCCCAUGAAUUUCUGGCAACGUUUAUACAAUAUGGUGCACACGCUAUAUAAUACGUUGUACUUCAAUUAUUUCACGAGAGCGCAAAAUGAGAUAAUAAGAAAGAACUUUGGACCUGACAUGCCGGGUGUACGGGAACUGGAGUCCAAGGUGGCGUUGAUCCUCAUCAAUUCCCACAUCUCUCUACAUGGGAUCCAACCAAUGACACCUGCCGCCGUGGACGUAGGGGGACUGCAUGUCCAGGAUGAAGGCUUAACGUUGCAACCUGAUUUGGAGAAGUGGAUAAACGAUGGCAAAGACGGUUUCGUCUAUUUCACUUUCGGCUCGAUGGUAAUGAUCGAGACGUUUCCUCGUGAAUUUCUGAAUAUAAUGUACGCUUCCUUAGGCAAAAUAGCACCCGUGCGCGUUUUAAUGAAGGUACCGAGACCGGAGAAAUUGCCACCCGGUUUACCCAAAAAUGUUUACACGUCAUCUUGGAUGCCGCAGAUUACAAUAAUGAAGCAUCCUAAGAUAAGAGCCUUCAUCACACAUGGCGGACUCAUGGGCACGCAGGAAGCGAUAACAUACGGCGUCCCAAUGAUCGGUAUACCACUCUUUGCCGAUCAAUUUAUAAAUAUUGAUGUAGUCGUUGCCAGAAACAGUGCCGUGAAAUUAGAUCUUCAUAAAAUGACGGAAAAAGACAUGGACGCGGCCUUAAACGCAGUCUUAUGGGAUCCUAUAUACAGAGAAUCUGCUCGAAAUCUGUCUGAAAAAUUCCUCGAUCGACCGAUGAACGCACUUGACACUGCCAUUUAUUGGACUGAAUAUAUAAUUAAACAUGGCAGUGAUGCUUUACGAUCGCCCGCAAUGGAUUUGACCUGGUUUCAAUUAUAUCUCAUCGACGUGCUUAUCUUUCUUCUAUUUUGUAUAAUAAUUAUUAUCAUCGUAGUAAUAUUCAUAGUGCGUUUAUUGUUGAAAAUGAGUGGAAAUAAUCACAGUUCAUUAUAUUCAAAGAAAGGAAUUAAUCACAUUAAGUUUAAAUAGACGCAUUUAUUGUUCUUUAUUUAAUACAUAUUAUGCAUUUUAAAAGACAACAGUUAUAUUUUUAAUAAAUACACUGUCGAAUAAUGAAGGACGAAUAAAGAAUAAUUUUAUUUUUUAU